GCUAACAGAUGUUACAUGAAAAUACAUCCGUAGUGCAACAACAUACUGUGGUUCCGCCUGUGACAUUAACUACCGUGUGCCCCUGUCACAAUACAGCUUCAUAAAGUUAUUGUAGUUUUGUGUUAGAUUGGUGGAUUAUUAGUUAGAUAUAAGAUGUUGUCUUUUUAUUUGUACAUGUUUAUGCUAAUGUCUUCUUCUCCACUCUAAAAUAAGUUGGUGGAAACAUCUCAUUUCUUAAUUGAUACCACAUUUCUGUUAAGCCCCCACACCCACCCUUUCCUUGAUGCAAUAAAUAAAUAGCAUUUAUCCAUAUUAAAAUAACCUCUCUGGUAACCUUGUGAGUUGUCUGUCUUUAUUGUUUCUCAAGUGUAGGUGAACACAAUCUUCUAAAGGCAAGAGGUCCCACAUGUGGUUCUUAAUAGUCCCUGAAAUUUCCAACACUGCCCACACCUGAGUAGCUCCAUAUUAUCUGAACACACUUGAUCUAGGUAUCAGAUAGCCUAUAGGUAGAGCUGUGAAAGAUGAAAUAAAUAUAAAAUAUAAUAAUAAUAACUUCCAAUAUAUGAUUCAACAAUAUGUUGUUGAGAAUAGUAGCCUGGUAAAAUAAAUACAUUAUUAAACGUUGCAUAUUACCUUUUAUUUCAUUACAUAAAGUUAAUAUCCUCGGAUGGCAGGACAGUAGGUAGACAUUAGUUUUAGUGGUUUUCAGACCUAUAUGUACGUGUAACCUUGGUUACCUAUGUGGCAUUAAAAAAGCUCUUACUAUUGUUAAACCCCAGUAACAUCCCAUGUGUGGAUUGGCAGCAUGUCUCUGAUCCCUCCUCCUCCCAAAGCACAGACCUUAAUCCCUGAUAAUCUCUGCAUCCACUGAUCGCCUGCAGUCAUGGCUGCACCGAAGGAGAAUUUACUGUCUCUUGGGCAUCUGACCGGCAUGGAAAGAAACACUUUUACAAAACAAAGAGAGCACGGUCUAAAGAAGAGUGUCAACAGGCCAGUGCUGUUACAAGCUGACUCAUCUCGUCAGAGUCAUCAACAUCUCAGGGCAAUGCAUCUGCAGCAGCGCUGGCAGGAGCUGAAGGAGAGAGAGUUUGCAGCCCAACAACACAACAGGCAGCUGCUGCAUCAGUUUGAGGAGGCCCAGGACACACUGAGAGAGAUGUUAACCCUCAAUGCUGCCAUGAAAACUAUCAGGAGGGAAUAUGAACGGUACCUGGAGGAGAGCACCCCCCGCUGGCAGCAGCAACUCAAAGAGAAAACACAGGCUGCUCAGAGCAAGAGGAUGGAGGAGUAUUUGAACUCAUGUCUGAAGAACACAGAAGAACGUGUGACAAAGUCCUCGGCAGAUCAGCCUUUACUUUCACAAGGCCCUACCACAAAGCCACAAAAAAUGGAUGCACCUCAAAAGCACCACAGCCAAAUCAGCCACUUAGACUACAACCAAGAUGGCUCCCCUCAUCUCCCUUACACGCAGCCCUCCUGGCAGACCCAGCCUCAAUCUCAGACAGCUAGGUUUCCCAUCAGAGCUCCCAAUCAACCGCAGGGAUCCUCUCAUGUUCCUCCAUCUCUCCUUCCACCACCCAUCUUCCCACACCCAUUCCAGCUGCACCACCUCGCCUACAUGCCCGGCCAUCAUCACCCCAGGCAGAAUCCACCAGGCUGGGCCUCCCAGCAGCCCAACUACCCCUGGUCCUGGACUGCUGGUGCUGCUGGAAUCCCUUCAGGCUCUGAGGCUCUGUGGGAUCGGCUCUUCACAGAGGAGCCUCCUCCUGAACGGAGGUUUGCGCAUGUUGUAGGGGAGGAGGCUGAGAUGAGCAAAGCAUCAACCUCAAAGAGAGAGAGAGGUGGUGGGAGCAGGAGCAGUCAUUUAUCCCAGGAGCUGGACGUCAAACCAGUUCGUCUGUCCAGCGGCCCUGCAGAGAGCAGCGAAAGCAGCAGGGAGUCCAGUCAGGCAAGCAGAGAGAGGAGGAAGAAGAGGGAGAAGAGAGGAAGAUCACAGCGUACCUCCUCAGAGAAAGAAACAUGCAGCUCUCAGGAAUCAUCUAGGACUUCCAGUGCCAUCAUCACUGCUGCAGUCACAGCGGCCCACAGCUCAGAAAGUGACGCCUCAUCAGAGAAAGGCAGAACCAGCACCAGGAGGAGGAGGAGAAGUGAGGGACUUUCUGUUGGAUCACCAAGGGCUGAGAAGGUGACGAAGGAAAGGAUCAGGAGCAAGGCAGAUGACUCAGGGAGCCACAAAGACGAGAGUCAGCCUACUUCUGAGGAGUUAGUGAGUCCAAUUGAUGAAUCCAGGAGUGAAAAGGUGGGAGAUCGAAGUCCUGAAGACAAAAGUGAGAGCUGUACAGAGUCAGGAUCGCAGCGGGAGGAGGAAUCAGGAAGUUUUAGUACAAAGAUUGAAAAUGGAGAUGAAAAGCAGGAGAGCGGCAGCUCUGAAGAAAGCAGCGUAGAAGAAAAGGGCGAGGAAGAGGAGCAUGAAGAUCUGGGAGAUGGAGAAGAGGAUGACGGUGAAGAAAAAGAGGACAGUCAGAUAGAUGAAGGGGAGGAUGAUGAGGCUUCUGAAAGAAAGAAUAUGGCCGAGGAAGAAGAGGCGACGGGAGCAGAGGAGGAGAUGGAGGAGCAGGAGUCGGAGGAGAAGAGUGAUCAGGAAGAACAUUCAGACAGGAUGAAGAAUGAAGACGGUGUGAACGGAAAACAGGAUUCUUCUCAGGAUGAGGAGAGCGAAGGAGGUGAGGACAAAUUGGAGGAGGAUGGGGAGUCAGAUGAAGAGGAGGAAGAGGAACAGAGAGGAGACGAAGUAGAAGAAGAGGAGGAAAGAGAUUCAGAGGACAGUAUCAUCUCACCACAGAACAAGUCUAAAACAAUGCACAUUAUUCCUGAGGAGGCAAGUGAAGAGGAAGAGGAAGAGGAAGAGGAGGUGGAGGGGAGUAAAACAGGAUCCUCUGACUCAAAUGAGUUCAGUGAUGAGGAUAUUGAGCAUCAACUUGCACCUCAAGAACAAUCACAGCAAAAAGAAGAAAAAGACUUGAAAGCUGAUAAGAAACCCAAAGCGGUUUGUGACAUGGUGGAGAUUUUUCAAGUGGAGAUGGACAGACCGACAAAGACAAAUAACCCAAGUGACUCUGAGGAGUUUGACCACUUUUAUGACUAAAUGUGUUGUUUCAACUGCCUAAACCUGAGAAUAAAGGACAAAACCCUC